UCCUCGCUUCACAUUCCGCGCAGAGUAACGAGGCUCCAAAUUCAAAUCAACGCAGCCUCACGCCGGCGACGAGCGCGAGGGGCGGAGCCUGCCCGGCGUGAGCGGGGGACGCGCGGUGUGAUUGCCCAGGAGAAAGGAAGGCGCUCCAGUUCCGGGUCAGGCCCUUCUCCCACCUCCCUCGGCCUCCGUCAUGGCGAGUAGUAGCGGCGGCGGGGCCGCGGCAGGGGCCGCGGCGGCGAAUCUGAAUGCGGUGAGGGAGACCAUGGACGUUUUGCUGGAGAUUUCAAGAAUUUUGAAUACUGGCUUAGAUAUGGAAACUCUGUCUAUUUGUGUACGGCUUUGUGAACAAGGAAUUAACCCAGAAGCUUUAUCAUCAGUUAUUAAGGAACUUCGCAAGGCCACUGAAGCACUCAAGGCUGCUGAAAAUAUGACAAGCUGACUUUCUGGAGAAAUCCUGAUGGGAUAUGUCAAGCUCUGCAGGAAGAUUUGAAGAUUGCAUUGGAGUCAAGAAUGUACAAUGAAAUUGCUGCAUGCAGCAGUGUAGAAACAUUUUCCUUUUUUAAAAGAAUUAUAAAACCAUAGCUUUAUAAAUCAGUGGAAAGUGGCUUACAGUGAGAACUAUCAGAUGUGUUUAUGUCACAUCUUACUUUUUUUUUAACAGCUCUAGUGCUUUGGCAUUGCUCUGUUCAUAUUGAUGUGUUCCUUAUUUGUAGCUCUGAUAGCUUUAAUUUUCUAAGCAGUCUGUCCAUCAGUUGUGCACGUCUCCUGUGCCUGGUCGAAGUACAGUGGAACCCAUCAGUAGAAAUGUAGUAAUGACUUGUUGACAUUUCCAUUAUAAACUUUCAUUUUGAAUUGUUUAUGCAUAAUAACUCUGGAUUUACGUUGUUUGGGGCUGAAAGUUGACAAAAUUUCAGCCACCGUUUGUGAAUUUUGGUUUAGAUGCGUUAUGUAUAUCAGAAUCUUGCUUUUUAUAAGAGCAUGGAAAACAUGUUGUAAUCUGCUCUUUAACAAAGAAUAUUUAGUUUUUUAAACCCAGAGUUUGACUGGCAGUUAAUAGUGAGAACCAGAUUGUUUUUGUAUUGAUUUAAAAAUAGAACUUUGAGAAACUUAGAUUUUAAAAGUAGUGACUAGCUUAUUAGCUUCGUUAUUUAUCAUUUGAAUCAUUUAAAUUUAAUGAGAAUAUUAAUUGAGCAUGUUUUUCUUUCUAAGUUUUGUACUCUGUAAAUGAUGGCCUAAAAAACAUAAAAGGAAACAUUUCCAACAUGCAAAAUUCCUUUUUUACUUUUAUUGCAUAAAAAUCAGGUGCUUCCCUAGUACAUCCUGAGUGGUUAUCUAGCAAGUCACUGAAUAGGAGGUGUCUUUCAACAAGUAUUUUAAUAUUUUCUGAAGGAAUAAAGAUUACAAGUCAUUAAACAGAAAUAAUCAGAUGUUCUGAAGCAAGAAUUAUAAAUGUCUUUCUGAGAUGAUUUUUGUGUGUCAUUAUUUUAACCAUUAAAGUUUUAACUAGUUAAAGUAAUGGUUCAAAAUAAAUUACAGAAAAUUUAGGAUAGUAUUCAUUCUGUUCCUGUAAGAGACUUUCAACGGAAUAUUUGUCCCAAGACUAGUACUGAGUUAAUCUGAUUUUGUUUCUUAAAUUUUAGGCUUCGUUAGCUUCUGUUUAAAUAACAGUACAAGCAUUCACUCUUUAGCAGCAUUUUUUACUGACAAACUGAAGUAGUUUUAAAAGGCUUAGUAAGGUUUAAAUGGCAACCUUCUGUACUGCCAUUUUUAAAAAUCUAGUCUUUUGACUAUUUUGACUUAUAAAUGCAUGGCAUCUUUACCAAGUGCACUGGAAGGUUUAUUAUUGACAGAAUUGGUUGGCAGACAAUAAUCACUUGUGAUGUUAUUGGUUUGAUCAUAAACACUGAAAAUACUGCAUGUUGUUAUUUUUUUAAAGAUUGGCACCUGAGCUAACAUCUGUUGCCAAUCUUUUUUUUUUUUCACUCCUCCUUCUCCCCAAAGACCCCCAGUACAUAGUUGCAUAUUCUAGUUGUAGGUCGUUCU